AAGUUGGUUCCCCCGUUUCGUGAGUCUGAGGUAGACUCUUAUUUUAGAGCAUUCGAGCGCAUAGCCGCUGCUUUGAAGUGGCCGAAGGAGUUUUGGUCCCUCUUACUUCAAUGUAAGCUUGUGGGAAAAGCCCAGGAAGUGUGGUCAAGCCUGUCUAUUGAGCAGAGUUUAGAUUAUGAAACUCUUAAGAAAACUGUGUUGCAUGCAUAUGAACUUGUCCCUGAAGCAUAUCGGCAGAAAUUUAGGAAUCUUAAUAAAACUGCUAACCAGACUUUUGUUGAGUUUGCGCGAGAAAAGAAUGUGUUAUUUGAGAAAUGGUGUUGUUCAUGUAAAGUUAAAACCGUGGAAGAGUUGAAAACUCUUAUUUUGCUGGAGGACUUUAAAAAAUGUUUGCCAGAACGCAUAGUGACCUAUUUAAACGAGCAAAAGGUUUCAUCUCUCACCAACGCAGCACUUUUGGCUGACGAGUUUGUUUUAACGCACAAAAGUGUGUUCUGUGCACAGAAUUCGUUUCCGGAAAUUUUCUCUGAACGAAAAAGGUCACCAAAAGCAGUGCGUAACAAUAUGCCUGCGUUUAUUGCUAAAUCAAACGGUCGCGAAUGUUUUUAUUGUCAGGACUCAGGACAUUUAAUUGCUGCGUGCCCGGUAUUAAAGAGAAAAGAAGCGAGGGGCGCUAAAUCUCCUGCAGGCGUGGGUUUGAUUAAAACCGCUUGCUCGCCAAAGGUGCGCAUGGAGGCUGAACAAAACCCGAAAACUGACAGCGACCCGCAGUUUCUACCAUUUGUGUCACGCGGCUUUGUUUCGUUGACAGGUGAAGAAAAUGAUAAAGUGCCAGUCACAAUCCUGAGAGAUACGGGUGCGUAUCACUCAUUUUUACUAGAGUCUGUACUGCCUUUAUCUGAGAAAACAUCCUGUGGUUCCGACAUACUAGUGUGGGGAAUAAAAAUGAGUGUGACCAAAGCCCCUCUGCAUAUGGUACACCUGCAUUCGCCGUUAGUGUCGGGCUACGUUAAAGUCGCCGUGCGCCAGCGAUUGCCAAUUGAAGGAGUUUCCUUCAUUCUGGGUAAUGAUCUAGCUGGUGGGCAUGUUUUUCCCCCGCCAGAAGUCGUUGAUGUUCCUGCCCUCGCUGCUGAUUCAGGCUCACCCGCUUCAGAGGUGUUUCCUGCGUGCGCAAUUACUCGUGCGCAGGCUCGUAAAAUGGGUGAGAUGGUGGACUUGUCGGGGUCGUUUAUGGCAACGCUUGAUGAAGACGACUCUUUUGUGUCACCCAUUGAGUCUGUGAAAAUAUCAGCAUGUGAUGUUCCAGAAAUGAUUCCUGAAGACAUUAAUCAAAGCUUAAACAUGUCCAGAGAAAUGUCGAUCAAAGCGCAGCAGGGUGACCCUUCACUGGUGCCUUGUUUUUCCUCUGUUGUGGACAGAGAGGCAUCUAAAGCGCCAGUAAAAUAUUUCCUUGAGAACGGUGUGCUUUUGCGGUCUUGGUCUCCUGACUCGACUGAUCUACACAGAGUAAAUCAGGUACUGGUGCCAAAGGAAUAUAGACUCCAGAUUCUCAGUCUCGCGCACGAUGCCAGCUUAGCUGGACAUCUUGGGGUCAAGAAGACGUAUCACCGUGUAUUACGUAACUUCUUUUGGCCUGGAUUAAAAUCGGAUGUGGUGAAAUAUUGUCGCUCAUGUCAUACUUGCCAGGUAGUGGGAAAGCCAAAUAAACCGAUUCCACCAGCGCCUCUUCACCCUAUUCCAGCGUUGGGUGAGCCAUUUGAGAGGGUUCUGUUGGACUGUGUGGGCCCGUUGCCAAAAUCGAAAUCAGGCCACCAGUACAUAUUAACUGUAAUGUGCGCUGCCACUCGCUUUCCAGAGGCAAUCCCAUUACGCACAUUAAAGGCAAAGAACGUUGUGAAAGCCCUCACAAAAUUCUUUUCAACUUUUGGGUUACCCAGAGUUGUUCAAACUGAUCAGGGAACAAACUUUAUGUCAAAGGUGUUUGCCCAGGUUUUGAAGGAGUUAAAAAUUAAACAUCAAAGGUCCAGCCCUUAUCACCCAGAGAGUCAAGGUGCACUGGAACGAUUUCAUCAAACCCUAAAAACCAUGUUGCGCAAAUACUGCCUUGAAUCAGGUAAAGACUGGGAGGAGGGACUUCCACUUCUGCUUUUUGCUGUUAGAGAAGCCACCCAGGAAUCCCUUGGAUUUAGUCCGGCUGACUUAGUUUUUGGACACACUGUGCGCGGUCCCCUGCGACUGCUUAAAGAAAAGUGGUUAUCAGAGUCGCAUCAAGCCGAACAUAAUGUGUUAGAUUACGUUUGCAGUUUUAGAGAGCGUCUUUUCCGGGCAUGUCAGCUGGCCCGUGAAAAUUUGGAACAAACCCAAGGCAACAUGAAAGCCCGGUGCUCCUCCGUGGUUGGUGCAUCCAGGGUGGAUGGCUCGCACCGAUUGGCUGACGACCGGGAGGCAGCGGAUGAGAAGAGACCACCAGGGACUGCCAUUCAUUCAUCCUCGGCCCAACCCAACCGGCAGACCGUUCACUGUGUCACUGUUACUAUGUUGGUUAAUGUAAGAGCAUGUAGGGGUGGACCGCCUUUUUGUUUGAUCAGUUUUCUCCUGUUUCUGUUAGGUAGGGAGGAAAGUGAUUGUCGUUUGGUUUAGUUCUUUUGAGUAGGUAAGUUGUGUUUAUUCCUGAGAUAGGCUAUCUUUUGUUUGUUGUUUUGGCCUUGGGUUCACCCUGAAGUUAUGAUAUGCUCCCUUCCUUUGUUUAACUGCACUCAUUGUAAAUAAAUCACUGUCACAAAAUAUUAAGUGUGUGACGUGCUGCUUGGGGUUGGACGGGGAUGGAUCACCCUUUAUGUUGUGGUCUGGCCGCGCCUAGACGGGCCAUAACACUGAAUCUUUGAGGUGAUUAAACUUAAUCUAAGUCUGGUGUGACUUUUGAGAACAUAAGGGUAAUGGUGUUACUUUGUCUCUGUUAGAGCUCCCCCUGCUGGUCAGGGUGGCAGCAAAAAAAACAUUUUUUGCAAGAGCUUUGUAAACACUGGCAAUCCCACGUCUCCCAAACUGCCUACCACCUCAU